AAAUCAACCAAUCAGAUGCGAGUAAUCGCGUUAGCGCCCAACAAAAAGGCGGCGUCCGAGCGUUGCCUGGCCAGUGAUUCAGACCAGGGGAAGAUAACUGUCAGGUGUUGCGGUGGUCAUUCUUCACACACUGUCAGCUACUGCUGUGGUCAAUCCUACAACAUGAAGGCCUUGCACAUCAGCUGUUUCGUGAGCUUUUUGCUGACCAUUCUCUCAAUGGCUGCUCAUGGGUUCAACUUCUACGGUCCAUCGGAUGUCUUUAAGCCUCGUAUGACGCGUUAUGGUAGCAACGACGGUGGAGCAGGUUUCCCAGUGAGCCCAGAGAAUGAUGACUACAUCAAGCUGAUUACCUACCUGAACAACGUUGGCAGGCGCAGGAGAUAGACCUGUACCAACAAUGUAUUCAUUGACCCCAUCAUUGUUUUAUGGUUGUAAAUGAUACAGUUUUAAAAAAAACAACUGAAAAAAAUCACUCCCAAUUUUUAGUGGUUGACCCAGAAAACAUAUUUUGAAUAAAAUUGCCUUAGUGAAAUAAACUUAAGAAAAGUAUGUAUUGAGAGUUCAUAUUAAAUUUUUAUCUUAUCAAUAAAUCCAGCUCACUUUAAUCCAAGCUUUGUACAGUCCCAGUUGAAUAAUAUUUAAAAUGGAAAAUUCUACUAGAUUUGGUGUCUAGCCAAAUCUCUAAGUAGAACAACAUAUUCUAAAUGUUCUUUACAACAGAACAGGUAGUAAGUUAUUGGAAUUUGAACAUUUUUCUGAUAAUUGUUUGAUUUUGUCUCAAAUUAUGUAAAAAUAUAGACUUGCAAUAGAAACUAAGGACAAGAUACUAUUCACCUUAAAGAUAUAUUUUGUCAGAACUGAAAUUAAAAUGAUCUUAUUUCUAUUGAGGCAAUUUUCUAUUUGUUUGAAAAUAUCUUUCAGUUAAAGAACUUGUAAUAUACUUGAGUUAAAAAAUUAAAGUCUAUAUAUUCA